GGGUAAAGGAGGUAGACGCUAAAUGGAUCGGAUGGGUCGGUGUAAAUGUGCCAGAUGAAAUUUGGCAGAGAGCUCUUACAAAAGCUCUAGCUGAAAAGAGAUGCAUUCCAGUUUUCCUUGAUGAGGAAAUAGUGCACCAAUAUUACAAUGGAUACUGUAACAACAUCCUAUGGCCUCUCUUCCAUUACCUCGGACUCCCUCAAGAAGAUCGAUUAGCCACAACCCGUAGCUUCCAGUCUCAGUUUGAUGCAUACAAGAGGGCAAACCAGAUGUUUGCUGAUGUUGACAAUGAGCACUAUGAAGAGGGGGAUGUUGUUUGGUGCCAUGAUUAUCAUCUAAUGUUUCUUCCCAAAUGUUUGAAGGAAUAUAACAGCAAUAUGAAAGUUGGAUGGUUUCUUCAUACACCGUUCCCUUCUUCUGAGAUUCAUAGGACUAUUCCAUCUCGUUCAGAUUUGUUGAGAUCUGUUCUUGCGGCUGAUUUAGUUGGGUGA